UCACAUCUGCAUCUAUCAUGCCUUAGAUUAGAUUAGAAAUCAACGCUUAAUGAAAACUCAAUCAAAUGACACGCAUCUUGCAUUGCAUCCAGAGUGCAAGAAAUUUUUCGGCAGAUCCCUCUUCUUGGUGGGCGAGUUCGGAGUCAACGACUAUCACCUCUCCUUCCAACGGAAAACGGUGCAGGAAGUCCGGUCUUUCGUUCCAGAUGUCGUCGCCACCAUCUCCACCGCCAUCGAGAGGCUGAUCAAGCACGGAGCGAGAAGCCUGGUGGUUCCUGGCGUGAUCCCGUCGGGAUGCUCGCCGCCCAUCCUGACCAAGUUCGCCGAUGCACCACCGGCAGCAUACGACUCCAAAACCGGCUGCCUGACAGCGCACAACGAGCUGGGGCUGUACCACAACGCGCUGCUGCAGGCGGCGCUGUCCAGGCUUCGGGCCAACCACCGCAACGUCAAAAUCAUCUACGCCGAUUUCUUCGGCCCAAUCAUGGAGAUGGUGGAAUCGCCGCACAAGUUCGGUUUUGAAGAGGACGUACUUAUGGUGUGCUGUGGAGGGCCUGGAAGGUACCGAUUCAACUCGACGCUUAGAUGCGGCGAUGCAGCCGCGACGACGUGCCAGGAUCCAUCUGCUCGGCUGUACUGGGACGGCGCCCACCUGACGGAGGCGGCUAACCGGCACAUCGCUGAUGUCUGGCUGGGCGAGAUCAACUCGUCCACAGGAGUCAGCCGCAAGCAGCAGGGUGCAGAGGGCCAUGUCGACUAGGCCGUCACAAAAUCUAGGGGUACAAAACAGCGAAUGACGAACUAAGUGAGCCGAAAGAUAUGACCAUUGUUGUUGUAGUUUGCCGAUAACAGAUCUGAUCGCUUUGUGUUUUUUCCCCUCGCCUAUGCAUACUUUUGGUCUUAUGUGACUUUGCUAUCAGUCAUGUAUCCCUAUGUCAAUAAUCAAGUAUGUGGAUCUUGUGAAAUGUGACUGCUCGAUUUAUGUGGAUCGAAUGAAAGAGGAUGCUCUAAGGAAUUUGUAA